AUGUUAGGGAGGCUUAGAGAAUUGCGCCCAGCUAUUGAGUGCCUGGUAGCUGAGUUAAGUGUUACUGACUCUGACUCAGAGUUUACAAGGUAUAGGUUGAUGGCCAAAGAGUGGGAAGUUCUAAAAGAUCUUGAAUCAAUUCUCUCAGUUGCGCACUUAGCUCAGCAGACAUUGUCUUUUGAGAAAGUUCCAGUCCUAGCUGCAGCUAUCCCAGUGUACAAACUGGUCAUGUCUAGAUGGGAGUUAUUACAGGAUAAACAUUUACGCCUCAAGCCAUAUAUUCAGGCAGGAUUGGAUAAAGCUAUUGGCUAUUAUUGUCAGACAGAUGAGAAUCUAGCCUAUGUUAUUUUGAUGUUCUUGAACCCUGCCAUCAAAUAUAGCUGGAUUUGUGAAAAAUGGGGAAUAGAAUAUAUGAAACCAGCACAGGCUCAUACUUUGAACUAUCCUGGCCAGCCGCAAACACAGCAAUUUCAACCACCUCAACUAUAUGGAACUACAAACCAUCAAGCUGUAGACAUUAUUUGUCCUUUGACUGAGGAGUACAGAUUAUUAGACAUGGGAUUAGCUCUGGAUUGA